AUGCCAGAAAAGGAGAUUUCGAUAGCCCGAACGCUGACCAGCCAGGCAGCGGAGCUGGUACAAAGGGCUAAAGAUGAGGCAAGCCUUCCGGUGGUGGCAGCAAUAAUCUCUGGGCUAUUCGUGAUCUGGUGCAUUUGGUCGGCUAUCUAUCGCCUUUAUUUCCAUCCGCUUUCCCACUACAAGGGUCCAUUGCUAUGGCGCAUCAGCAUCCUGCCCAGCCUUUAUUGGGUGUGGACGGGCGACAGACAUCUAGUCAUCGACAAGCUACACAAGAAAUAUGGCAAAGUUGUCCGUGUGGAGCCGAAUCUGGUCUCAAUAUGCACCCCGAACGCAAUAAAAACAAUGUACGGCCCUGGAACUCGCUUUGAGAAGGCCAUGUUCUACACUCGAGGACCUAAGGAAAAGCAACUUCUCAACCUGGCCAGCACCACCGACAAAGCCGUUCACGCUCGUAAGCGGCGAAUCAUCUCUCACGCUAUGAGUGAAGCCGCUGUCAGGUCUUACGAGCCUGUCAUGUUGGAUAAGAUCCGGUUAUUCUGCAAGCAACUGGCUGAUCCAACAACAUUCGGUGGCGAGUACAAGAACAUGUCUCGGUGGUUCUCUUACCUUACAUACGACAUUAUGGGCACACUCACCUUCAGCCAAAGCUAUGAUAUGCUCACCAAGGACGAUCAUCAUUUCAUUCAGCCCCUCAUUGACGCUUACCAGCACAGCCAGGUCAUUCUAGGAGCUUACCCCCAAAUUGAACAUUGGGGCCUGGCUCCUCUCUUGUUCCUGAAGAUUAUGGCAGACAACAAGAAAUUUCGCGCCUAUGUCGACAAUCAAGUCACCCACCGCAUCAACCAGGAGAAGUCUGGCAAUGGACCGGAUGAUAUUUUCAAGCUCCUACUCAACUACAAAAACAAAGAGACAGGCGAGAGUAUGGACUUCAAAGAACUCUCCGACGAAGCCGUGGUCCUCAUCAUCGCAGCGAGCGACACGACUGGAACAGCACUUUCCGGACUUUAUUUCUACCUCGCCCGGUACCCGGAUUGCUACAACAAACUUAAGCAAGAAAUCCGCUCCACGUUUGCAUCUGUUGAGGACAUUGUCGGCGGGAAGAAGCUGCUGGAUUGCAAAUACAUGAGAGCAUGUGUUGACGAAGCUCUGCGCAUGUCCCCUGGUGUGCCCGGCUAUCUGACAAGAGAGGCCCCUGAGGGAGGGACGAUCGAUGGACACUACAUUCCACCUGCUGCUCAAGUCGGUAUCCCGACCUGGACAAUUCACCGUGAUCCCGAUGCGUAUCCUGAACCACAGAUCUUCAAGCCAGAGCGUUGGAUGGUCGACUCCGAGGAAGAGAUCCAGAGACUACGCUCGUGCUGGUAUCCAUUCAGCACCGGCACACGUGGCUGCAUCGGCAAAAACAUGGCUUACCAGACCAUAUACUUGACAGUUGCUAGGCUGGCGUACUUGUUCGAGAUUGAGUCCCGCGAUCCGUUGCCGCUGGAGUUCCAUGUCAAAGAUCACUUCGCAGCAGGCGAGAAGAAUGGACCGUUUCUCAAAUUUACUCCUGCGAAGACGGGUUAG